AUGAACGAGCAUGCCUCGCUGUACGACUACUGGCGUAGCCUGCUCAUGGAAGAGCAGCACAACGAGGAACGCAACAACCGACUCCUUCGGAAACUGGACGAGAUCGAGCAGCGCACCAGUCUCCUCAACGAGCGCUCGGAGAGACUCAAGCAACUCAGGGAGAACUUUUCAGAACUGAUCAGGCAACGCUACCUCACACCGGACGAGAUGAAUUCUAACGACCCGCACGGCCAUCCUCCCAAGGCAACAGAAUACAGUCCACCGGAGUACAUCCCCGACCCGAUUCUCUUCGGACUCUCCACACCCCCUUGGGUCGCCCGAGGCGACAGCAGGAUGCUACUGUUAUCGAGGGGACAGACUCCAGAAUCCUGGGCCCCUCCUCCCAUCACGAAACCGAACUUGGCCGCACCACGGCCCUACCGGCACGAAGGCAACGGAUCCGACGACGAACCCUCCAACGGACCACCUUCCGACGAAGACCAUUACGAUGAGCCGCCCAGCCCCGACAAGCACCACGCCGAUGAAGGCGCAGCAGACGACAGAGCUCCUUGGUCGAACCACUUCGCCAAGCGAGGCAGCGUUUCGCUCCUGGAACCCUCUGUCUCGUGGCUGGCAGACGGCGGCGAGUUCUUCCGCACAACGAGUGCGCUAGACCGGCAACCAGCUUCAAGACCCGCCGCGUCUGAAAACGAUCCAAGACCGCAGCGCCCGUCUGCGGUGAUGAGUCACUUCUCCGACUACAUCCCUAGUAACUUGUCACCACCGGCAGUGCGGAGGAAAGACGGACAGUCUACGAGGUUGCCGGACUUCGACAACGUCUUCAUCAACCACACGACCGAGGUCCUCAUGUCGGGCGCCGGGGGUCACGGAAGAUAUGACGACGACGCGUUCAGGGUAACCGACGAGAGGGACGUCACGCACUAUAAGAAGAUGAGGCCUCCAGGUAACCAGGAGGGCCCUCCGGCACGUCCCAAGAGAGCGGGAAAAGGAGGACGAACGCGGGAGGACGUUCAGCGGCAGCCGCCGCGACGGCAAGGUGCCCCCAAGCAAGCAGUGAAGCAACAAGAGCCUCCAGUCCGUCCUCCUAGAAAUGCCGCUCGCCGCCCCACCAUCACCGGAGACACCAAACCUGGCAUCCUCCGGAAGAGAGACAAAGAUAGGGUCGACGACGAGCGUGACUUGACGCAGAAGGGCGUGGAAGACAGCCGGCAUCCCGCUACAAGAGAUAGAAGCGAUGAUGACAAGCAGGAAUCCACAGAGAGCUCGGACAAGGCAGCAGGCGACGACCAGAGAAGCACGUCGCACGGAGGCCCGUUUAAGGGCGAUAAAAAUGCAUCGUCCGAAGAGGAGGGAGCGCACAGUCCACAGGAUCGCUCGGAGCGGAGGCAGCAGCAGACGUUGGACGUACCAGGCGGACCGCAGCACGGUCAGACUUUCCAAGACGUCCGAACCCAGGAGCGACAGGUGAGGAGUGCCAUCGAGGUUCCUGAGCCCAAAGCACCGCUGCAACGACCCAGACACAGCGUGCCGUUGGCCGACCGACACGCCGUCGAAAAACGCACCGUGCUGUGGGGUGAAGAUGACGAACCAAGGACGCUUGACAGGCGUGCCUCCGAAAAGAGGAAAGAGCAGCGGGAGAGGCGUGACAGUCUCAAGGCCAAAGAGUGGGUCGUUCCGCAGAGGAGUGAAGAGAGACAAGAAAACGCUGAAGAGAAUCCGCAGUCGGUAAAGGGUGCCGCGGAAAAAGCAAGUGCCGUCCCGCAGGACCGUAGCUCGAGUAGUUCAAGCUCUUCCAGCUCAAGCUCUUCCUCGUCGUCUUCCGACAAAGAAAGCCCUGGAAAGAAGGAGGGCGCAGAUGUGUCACAGCGGAGCGAGGACAGCUUCUUCGACAAGAACGUUGCGGUGACAGACAUGCCGGCCUACCAACUGAUGCUUGGAAACACCGUCAAGCCGACAGCGCCAGAGAAGGCAGCCCUCUCAGAACAUCCAUCGCAAAGUAGCACCGACAUCGAGAACGAGUUGGCUGCCGCUGUCACAACGAAUCAGUCAAAAGAAAAGACGAGAGCAGCAGACAAGGAGGAGAAUGGUCCCGCAAGCAAUGACAGCUCUCCGCCAGAGUAUGACGUUGCAUCAGUUAACCUGCAAAAUUUAAUUAGCGAAAAAGUCAGACACAAUGUUCCGUCGCUAAUAUCCAGGAAAGUUUUGGGUCUCGAUAUGUACGCCGAGUCCAAGAUCUUGAAGAACAAAACGGAGGAAAACGAUGACGACGACAGCUUCUUCGAUUAA